AUGUCGGUCUUGGAGAAGGCCGUUAGCUGGACCGAAACGGUCGACUUCCCUCUCCAUAUGCCCUCGUGCUUCAAAGUCAAUCAAGACCCCAAUCUUAUUGACAAGCUGAAGUCCAUCCCGCUUCUUUCGACUCAGGCAGAAGCACUGGAACUGGUUGGGAAAUCUGCACUGGGCGACAACUCAGUUGACAUAUUGAUGUCGAAUCUGUUCGCAUCAAGGGCCGAAGUGAUUGCGGUAGACACAGGACUCACUGGGAACGUCAUGAAUGGCCACGCUUCUGUUGAAAUCAUGCACAAUAUUUUCCUUGACGUGACCACGAAGAAAAUUUUGAUCCCAGUGAUAUGUGGAAAGAAUCACUGGUGCUCAAUCAUGAUGGAUCUUUCACGAAAAGAAGUCUUUAUCUACGACCCGAUGAAUUCCACCUACGGGGCCAAUAUUCGACCACUUGCCGAGAAGUUGGUGGCGGUGCUACCUGAUUUCGUCCCAAGAAAAUAUCGAGCCCGUGCCUACCAAAGUGAUCUCGGAGUGCAAGUCGAUAACUACAACUGUGGGAUUUUCAUGCUAGUAGCCUUCGAGAUAUUUUGUGGUGCCGAAUGUCUUAGUUUGCUGAGUAAAAAGGAGAUUCAGUAUCUGCACAUGCUAUGUGAAGUGCAGGUGAUUCUGACAGUCUUUUUUAAGCAUGUGCGACCUUGCGCGACUGCAUUUGCCAAGAGUAACACCAUGGGCGCCUGUGCCUCUCGCGACGCCAACCGAUCUCCUCGGCGACUCAGCAAGUGGAAAGUGGACGAAGAGACUCCAACUGUCGUUGACGGAACCGCUUCAACUCCGUCGAGAGCGGAUGACCAAGCCGCUGCUGCUGCUACUCCAAGCCGAGGAGAACCAGAAAUCGACUUGGUAUUAAACUGUGUCGCGUUCAGCUCCUUCCUGGGUAACGAUUGCCUCACCGGGUGGGAAGACGGCUCCAUCCAGCGGCUCAAUUGGCACACAACUGCCAGUGCUCCUGUUAAUGUCUGGAAACCGCAUACUCGGGCAGUGAACCGUAUUGUUAUUGGGGAUAAACUACAGAUGAUUUUCUCGUGCUCACGGGACACAACGGUGGCUAUUACGCCGAUUACAGACAAGCCUGCGUCCGAGACGGCCACUGUACUACGUGGCCACCAACUGAACGUAUCGACUGUUGCAGUAGACGAUGCCGAGCAGACGUUGUGUUCUGGAGGACGAGACACUCAGACCAUUUUCUGGGACCUGACAACGAGCCACAUUACAGCCAAGAACACGACGCCGCAAAACGUGGUCACGUGCUCGACGUGGUUACCUGGCGAAGCCCUGGUCGCCCAGGGUAGUGAAGAUUUGAGUGUAAAGUUCUGGGACCCGAGAACGCCCCUACGCGUGCCUGCCCAGUCGCUACGAGGAUUUGUGUAUUUCCCUCUGAGCAUUGCAGCGUAUGGAGAGAACGAUAAUACUUAUCUUCUGACGUCCAGUAAAGGUUUCAACGGGGUUGGCUGCGAGGCUCGAGUUUGGGAUCGACGCACAGGCAAGCAGGUUAUUGAGUUCCAAGGGCACCAACAAGAUGCGACAGCGUGUUGUUUCCUACCAAGCGCCGCAGACAAAAGCGAAAAGACUGGCCCUUUGCCGAUGAUUCCGGUGACGGCAUCUAAGGACGGAACGGUGAAGGUGUGGGAUGCUGCUACGCUCUCUCCACUGGCAGAAGCGCACGCAGAUGGAGCCAAGCGGAUGUUCACGAGUCUGUGCAAGGUGGACACUAGUACUCUUCUAGCAAGCACAUUUGGGGGCCAAGUCCUCGCAUAUUCUCUCGAUCGUGAGAGGCGAACACUCGCAGUGAAACCUCGAUCCAGUUAA